GGGAGUGGAUAAAAGCAAACCCACAGCCAAACGACACCUAUAAGUUGGCUCCAAUUGGUGAUUCCGAAAAAAGAGUGAGGCAGCCACACACAUAAAAGAGGAAAGUGAAAUCCAAUGGCGGAAGCUUUCUCACUCUCUUUGACACCACCGCAAAUGGCUUCUCUGAGUGGCGCCGCCGCGGUCUCCUCCCGCCUCCUUCCCAGAGCGCGGUUCGGUUUUUCAACUUCGUCUUCAACUCCUUCUCCUUCUUCACUCUCCCUUUCCUCUCUCAAAUGCCUCCGAUCCUCUCCUCUGCUCUCUCACCUCCUCCAUCGUCAGAAAACGACUUCGGUCCGUGCAUCCAGCGGUGGUUUGGGUUUCAGCUCCGUGGCGGCUCCGAACUGCUCGGCAUCCGAUCCGGAUCAGCUGAAGAGUGCUAGAGAAGACAUCAAGGAGCUUCUCAAAUCUAAUUUUUGUCAUCCUAUUUUGGUUCGCCUAGGAUGGCAUGAUGCAGGUACUUAUAACAAGAACAUUGAGGAGUGGCCUCUAAGAGGUGGAGCAAAUGGAAGUCUGAGAUUUGAAAUUGAGCUGAAACAUGGGGCCAAUGCAGGUCUUGUUAAUGCAGUGAAACUUCUUCAGCCUAUCAAAGACAAGUAUUCUGGUGUGACAUAUGCAGACUUAUUCCAAUUGGCCAGUGCUACUGCCGUGGAGGAGGCUGGCGGACCCAAAAUCCCCAUGAAGUAUGGAAGGGUGGAUGCCUCAGGACCUGAACAGUGCCCAGAAGAAGGGAGGCUUCCUGCUGCUGGCCCCCCUUCACCUGCUGAUCAUCUACGUGAUGUUUUCUACAGAAUGGGGCUAAAUGACAAGGAAAUAGUUGCAUUAUCGGGUGCACACACGCUAGGAAGGUCCAGACCGGAACGCAGUGGUUGGGGAAAGCCGGAGACUAAGUAUACGAAAGAUGGACCAGGGGCACCAGGAGGACAGUCCUGGACAGUGCAAUGGCUGAAGUUUGAUAAUUCUUACUUCAAGGACAUCAAAGAAAAAAUAGAUGAAGAACUACUUGUGUUGCCAACUGAUGCUAUUCUUUUCGAAGAUCCAUCUUUCAAGGUAUAUGCUGAGAAAUAUGCGGUAGAUCAAGAAGCAUUUUUCAAAGAUUAUGCUGAAGCCCAUGCAAAACUCAGUAACCUUGGAGCUAAAUUUGAUCCUCCUGAGGGUAUUGUGAUAGAUGAUGGUCCUGCAGAAGCUGCACCAGAGAAAUUUGUGGCAGCCAAGUAUUCAUCCGGGAAGAGAGAGCUGUCAGAGGCUAUGAAGCAGAAGAUUCGUGCAGAGUAUGAAGCGGUUGGUGGAAGCCCAGAUAAGCCUCUCCAGUCCAACUAUUUUCUAAAUAUCAUGAUUGUGAUUGCUGUUUUGGCAUUGUUGACAACUCUGUUUGGAAACUAGGUUUGCUGAGUUAUUUAAUGGAAAUUGACUUCGGCUUAUUAAUCAAGGCCUUUCCUAUGUAUAGUAAGUGGCACUGCAUCAAUACAUGAUAUACAUCAUUAUAUGGUAAAGAAACCCAUAUCAUCAGGGUUACUCUGA